AUUUUAUGAAUCACAUCCGAGAUAAGUGAUCGAGAGUGUAUUUUAACUAAUAAAUAGUGUAAUUGCUCGCUGAUACGAUCAAUGGCAGUCUGGUUUUUGUCUAAAGGUAAAUUUGAUGGUGUUGUGGUGUGUACGUACAUAUUUGGGACGCUUAGUCACAAAAAUUUUGAAUGUGGUGCUGCGACGAUCGAACGGGGGGGACUCGGUGAAAUUUGCGACUUGUGAGGGGCUGUGCAAGUUGACGAAGCCAACCGAAAGGCAGUCAUAUAUCAAGUGAACCAUGGUGCACGGAGUCCGGUGCCGGACUUGGCCAGUCCAGUCGAUCUCGAACCGUCCGAUCCGUAGUUUCUCUCUCCCAUCCUUCUAAUGUAUUACAAAAAUGACCGUAGACACCACAACAUACCGCACGCUAUCUUAUAUUAUCAUUGCAACAUUGUUUGUCGUCUUCGUCUCUUCUUGCCAAGGUGCCCCAAGAACCCAAAAUAGAGCCCUGGAGACCAAAUGGUACACGUCACCCUGCGAGCAACCCUUGACCAAGGCAAGACAUGGCAGAAGUCCUAAAACAAUUGAGUUGAACGAUGCCAUCACUAACAUCAAGAAGAUUAAACAAACAUUUUACAAAGCCUUACAGACUAAGGGCGAAUUUGACAAACCACUUUGGCUCCUCAAGAACAUUAAAAAAGAUCGAAAAUGCGCAACCAACAAAAAGCUUAGCACCAAGGAACAACUCAAGUGCCAGUUCAGAGUGUUGCAAAAGUUCGGUAUAUGGAUCGACAAAAUCGAAGAGCAAAAGGUGAUUAACGUGGAACCAGCAGUUCUGGAUCAACGUUUGUCAAACUAUACCAAAGCCAAAGAAUCUUUAAGGAAGGUCAUGUGUGAAGUGCACGAAGAACUGAAUAAAGACACGAGAACACCGAAGGUGAAAAAUUACAAAUUUCCCAAUGAAGUUGACCGAACGACGAUGAAAACCUUGGACUUCAAAUUCUUCAAAGAACUUGUCAACACACUUACGAAGAUCCAACGAAUGUCCAGUCAGAGAUGGCGAAAGAAAAGGGACAAGUUGAAAAACAAAAAUUAAGUGCUGCUAAAUACGAACGAUACGUUUUCAAGAAUAGUGUGCAUCGACAAACAUGAACCGAUAGUUCCUCAGCGCCCUGUAGCGAUGAAGGAGUCUGAUGAAGAGGUGGCAAAACUCAAAAAUAAAAGUGCCGUAUAAACUAAGUGAUCUGCAACAGUGAAAAUUCGUUUGUAAUUUAGUGAAUUGCAUUUUAUCUGUGAUACUUCGACUUUCUUUUAAAAUUUAAAUGUGUGAUAUAUUGUAAGUAACUUAUUUAUUUAUAAUAAUUUAUCAAAAUAUUUAUUACCUAGUAUAAU